GUGACUUCAACGCAUUGCUGGAUCGAUAAAACCGCCAUGCACCACACCACCACACCAUACCAACAAAAAGCCUGGCAGUUGCAGUCAGUUUAGACGACGAACGCUUGCAACAACAACCACCAAACAAACAACCACAACAAUAACAACCAUGGACACAUCGAGUGUGGUAACCUCGUCUGCCGUGAGCGUGACCCGUUCCGAGGCUCCCUCUAUAUCUAUUUCGGUUGCUCAGAGUGAACCAGGAGCUCUCAUUGAUCGCAGCAGUCGUCGAAGUACCGAACGAAGACGGCGUCGGACUACCUUGAAAAAGAGUUUGAGCACUACCUCGUUGGAUGAUGGAGAAGAAAUUGUUGGCAACAACAAAAUGAGUAAUGGGAGCAGCAACAGUAACAAAAAGAGACUUUCCUCCCGCAAUAGCUCUGCUAUGGGAAGUAGUAGCAGUCGCCGCACUGGUUUGAAGAAAAGUCAAAGUCUGUCGUCGAUGCAAGCCGCCAUGCAUUCGAGCAGCCGGAUGCACGGUGGCAUGCAAAAAUCACGUUCGCGACGACAAUUGCAGGGCAGCAGUACGGCACUGAUGUUGAGUGCCAGUGCCCGUGAUACACCGGAAGGAGCCGGACGACGAUCCAGUCGACGCACUACUACCACAGAAGAACAACAACCUUCCAAGCGAAAAAGUUCGAGUCAACGACGAAAAAGUUCCGACGAUGCCGUAGAUUCGUCUCGUCGACGUCGAUCGCGCAGUCGAAAUGGACGCCGUCGUUCCUCCGUGACACGCAAACGCAACAAUACCACUGGAGAAUUGAAAACCAAACGCAACAGUGCUAGCAGUAAUUCCGAUGGCGCCGCUGCCAAGAGCAGUAGUAAACGACCGUCUUCUUCCAAGUCAACCACAACGACUACGUCUACUGCUAGUAGUUCUGGUGGUGGUGACCUAAAGGCACAAUCCCAACAUGGCAGCGGCAGUCGACGUCGAUCCAAUCGUGAUGGAGACAUCAAGGCCAAAUCCUAUCAUGCAUCAUCAUCGUCUCGGCCUCGAUCUGCAUCGGCCACGAGACGCAAAUCGUCCAGCACGGCCAAAAAGAGAAUUUCGUCAUCCGCUCGCAAUAACAAUACCAAUCCACCCCCCAAACAACAAGAUCGACACUCCAUGAUGGCCAUGUCGGAAGUGACUCAUCGGACACGUUUGUCGCCGUCACCACGAGCAUCGGCACCCCCAGCAUCCUUUCAUCAAUCCAUCAAUUUUUUGAACAACGAGCCACAACAACAUUCCCGUCUUUCGCGACGCGAAAUGGUCAAACGACAAUCUGCCCGGAACAUGCAUCAAUCCAUGUCGGUACUCGAUGCUUCUUCGUCCACGAAUACUACGAGACGCCGUCGUCGUGCCGAUCCAAAUUCCGCCUCGUCCAGUGUUUUGCAAAUGAGUGUAUCAGGCGGAGGCAUGGACGAAUCGCUGCAACUACAUAAUGUCAUGGAGGAUUCCUUGGCCAUGAGUCCCGACAAUUCGGGCCGCUUGGACGACGAUGAUGACAACAGUGACAAUGACAAUAAUAGUGACAGUGACGACAAGCCCAAACGAAAAAAGAGCAUUUACGGAUUGGGCAUUUUAUCAGCCGCCAAUUUGGACAAACAACCCAAAAAAUCGUUUCUUGGUGCAAGCAGCAGUAAAUUCAAAACAACAAGCACAACAUCCCCCAGUGUCUCGCCGUCUCCCGGACCCAUUGUCAAGGUCCAAUUUAUUCAAUCCGGUGGCAAGGUCAUUCCUGUGACACAAGCUGCUGCCGCCACCAGUCCUUCCGGUAGUGCCGAUCCAACCAGUACACCCAAAAAGGCCAAGAAAAAAUUAACGUCCUUAUUGGCGGGCCUGACCAAAGGUCCCAAAAGCAGCAGCAAGAAUCGAACCGUCGCGUCCAAAUAUCAAACAUUUGAUGAUGACGAAUUUGGAGGAGGAUUUGAUGUCACGGACGAAGAAUUGGAAGAUUCUUGUUUGGAUGAAGAUGAUGAUAUCAUUAGUUCCGCCGGCGAAUCCACAAUGUCCCGGGCGACCAGCAGUCAAGGAAGUUGGGAUGGAGUCGAUGCCGCCAUUCCCGUGUUGCAAUUAUAA